CCCGCCGCCGCUCCCCUCGCCUGUCCCCCCACUUCUCCAGGCAGCCGGCUCCAGCUCGCCUCCUUGACGUCAUGUCUGUAGCCAGGCUUCAGCAGGCGCAGUGAAGGCAGGCAGCGUGUUAAACUUUCAGAUCGAGUCCGGCGGCUCCUAACGCCGUGCGCGGGGGGCUGCGUGCAGCCGCCGCAGCUGGAACAUCUGGAAGCGUUCAGUGUGUCUGUCUGUCGGCGAGAAGCAGAGAGCGGGGAGCGAGCGCGCUGAGGGAGGGGAGGGAGUAAGGGGCUGGGACUGUGCUCUCUUCCUCUGCAGAAACAGCUCCCUGCCAACACAACGCGCUCAGAAUGGCUUUGAAGAGGAGGAGCAGCAGCGUUUGAACAUCUCUCUCCCCCCCCCCCCCCUUCUUACUCUUGUAGUUGGUGGAUUUAAAAAAGACAUUUAACCCUCAGAGGUUUGUCCUGGAUGCUUUUGCUUUUUCCUUUUUUUUUUCCUUUUCUUUUUUUUUUUUUUCUUUUUCCCUCCCCUCUCCCUCGUUUCCCCCCUUCCUGUUCUUUUUUAUGGUUUAACAGCCAGAGGUGCUGUGCUAAAUUCUUGGAAGGGGCCCGGAUGUACUGAGGAUGCAUUGCAAUUUCACUAAAGGAGGCAGUAGUGGAAAGGAUCAGUUUUUGGUGUUUGAUGCAAUAAUGGGAAUCAGGUAAUAAUAAAAGGGGAAAAUCUGCAGCUCCAUUCUUCCUUGAAUUUUACCAAGCCGAUUUUCGGAGGGAUUAAUCUGGACUCGUUUUAAAUGGUCAAUGAAAACAAGAGGAUGUACAUUCCAGAAGAAAACCAUCAAGGUUCCAACUAUGGGAGUCCCCGUCCAGCUCAUGCCAACAUGAAUGCCAAUGCAGCUGCAGGGCUUGCCCCAGAGCACAUCCCUACUCCAGGGGCAGCUCUGUCCUGGCAAGCUGCGAUUGAUGCUGCCAGGCAAGCCAAACUGAUGGGUAGUGCUGGCAAUGCAACAAUAUCCACAGCUAGCUCCACGCAGAGAAAACGGCAGCAGUACGGGAAACAGAAAAAACAGGGUACCACCACAGCUACACGUCCUCCCCGGGCACUGCUGUGUUUAACACUGAAAAAUCCCAUCCGGAGGGCAUGCAUCAGCAUCGUCGAAUGGAAACCAUUUGAAAUAAUUAUUUUACUGACUAUUUUUGCCAAUUGUGUGGCCUUAGCUAUCUAUAUCCCCUUCCCAGAAGAUGAUUCCAAUGCCACCAAUUCCAAUCUGGAACGAGUGGAGUAUCUCUUUCUCAUAAUUUUUACAGUGGAAGCAUUUUUAAAAGUAAUAGCAUAUGGACUUCUCUUUCACCCCAACGCUUACCUCCGCAAUGGCUGGAAUUUACUAGAUUUUAUAAUUGUGGUAGUAGGGCUUUUUAGUGCAAUUUUAGAACAAGCAACCAAAGCAGAUGGGGGGAAUUCAAUAGGAGGAAAAGGUGCCGGAUUCGAUGUUAAAGCACUGCGGGCUUUCCGAGUAUUACGUCCGUUACGGCUGGUGUCUGGAGUACCUAGUCUCCAGGUGGUUUUAAAUUCAAUUAUCAAGGCCAUGGUCCCUUUGUUGCAUAUUGCCCUGCUGGUGCUGUUUGUCAUUAUUAUCUAUGCCAUCAUUGGACUGGAGUUAUUUAUGGGGAAGAUGCAUAAGACCUGCUACCAUGUGCAAGGGGGACUGAUAGAUACACCUGCAGAAGAUGAUCCGUCUCCCUGUGCCCCCCAGUCUGCACAUGGGCGGCAGUGUCAGAACGGCACGGAGUGCAAGGCAGGCUGGGAGGGACCUAAACACGGCAUUACGAACUUUGACAAUUUUGCUUUUGCCAUGCUGACGGUGUUUCAGUGCAUCACGAUGGAGGGCUGGACAGAUGUACUGUACUGGAUGCAGGACGCUAUGGGCUAUGAGUUACCAUGGGUGUAUUUUGUCAGUCUGGUCAUCUUUGGAUCCUUUUUCGUUCUAAAUCUGGUUCUUGGUGUGUUGAGCGGGGAGUUUUCCAAAGAAAGAGAGAAGGCUAAGGCUCGGGGUGAUUUCCAGAAGUUACGGGAAAAACAACAGCUAGAGGAGGAUUUGAAGGGAUACUUAGACUGGAUAACUCAAGCAGAAGAUAUUGACCCAGAAAAUGAAGAUGAAGGCAUGGAUGAGGAGAAGCCUCGAAACAGAAGCACUCCAGCUGGCUUGCCUGAUAAGAAGAAAGGAAAGUUUGCUUGGUUUAGUCACUCCACAGAAACCCAUGUGAGCAUGCCCACCAGCGAGACCGAGUCCGUGAACACAGACAACGUCCCUGGAGCAGAUAUUGAAGGCGAAAACUGCGGUGCUAGGCUAGCGCAUCGGAUCUCAAAAUCAAAGUUUAGUCGCUACUGGCGCCGAUGGAAUCGAUUCUGCAGAAGAAAGUGCCGCGCCGCUGUCAAGUCCAAUGUUUUCUACUGGUUGGUGAUCUUCCUUGUGUUUCUCAACACCCUCACCAUUGCCUCUGAACACUACAACCAGCCAGACUGGCUCACAGAGGUCCAAGACACUGCCAAUAAGGUGCUGCUAGCUCUUUUCACGGCAGAGAUGCUGCUGAAGAUGUACAGCCUUGGUCUCCAGGCCUAUUUUGUGUCCCUCUUCAACCGCUUUGACUGUUUCAUUGUGUGUGGAGGAAUCCUGGAAACAAUUCUCGUUGAGACAAAGAUCAUGUCACCACUGGGCAUUUCGGUGUUGAGAUGUGUUCGACUCCUGAGAAUAUUUAAAAUCACAAGAUACUGGAACUCCCUGAGUAACCUUGUGGCUUCACUCCUGAAUUCAGUCCGCUCCAUUGCCUCCCUGUUGCUGCUUCUCUUCCUCUUCAUUAUCAUCUUCUCACUCCUGGGGAUGCAGCUCUUUGGGGGCAAGUUUAACUUCGAUGAGAUGCAGACCAGGAGGAGUACAUUCGACAACUUCCCCCAGUCCCUCCUCACUGUGUUUCAGAUCCUGACUGGGGAGGACUGGAAUUCGGUGAUGUAUGAUGGGAUCAUGGCUUAUGGCGGCCCCUCUUUUCCAGGAAUGUUGGUCUGUAUUUACUUCAUCAUCCUCUUCAUCUGUGGAAACUAUAUCCUGCUGAAUGUAUUUUUGGCCAUUGCUGUGGACAACCUUGCUGAUGCUGAGAGUUUAACAUCUGCACAGAAAGAGGAGGAAGAGGAAAAAGAAAGGAAAAAGCUAGCUAGGACUGCUAGUCCCGAAAAGAAACAGGAGAUAGAAAAAACAGCCGUGGAGGAGGAGACAAAGGAGGAGAAAAUUGAACUGAAAUCGAUCACUGCUGAUGGAGAAUCCCCGCCUGCUACCAAGAUCAACGUGGAUGAUUAUCAGCCCAAUGAAAAUGAAGAAAAGAGCCCAUAUCCCACAACAGAAGCACCAGCAGAGGAAGAUGAGGAAGAACCUGAGAUGCCUGUCGGCCCUCGGCCUCGCCCAAUGUCUGAGCUGCACCUCAAGGAAAAGGCUGUGCCCAUGCCUGAUGCCAGUGCUUUUUUCAUCUUCAGUCCUAACAACAGGUUUCGUGUCCACUGCCAUCGAAUCGUUAAUGAUAACAUUUUCACCAACCUGAUCCUAUUUUUCAUCUUGCUCAGCAGCAUCUCCCUGGCAGCUGAGGACCCCGUCCGGCACCUCUCCUUUAGGAACCAAAUUCUCUUUUAUUUUGAUAUAGUUUUUACUGUCAUUUUCACCAUUGAAAUUGCUCUGAAGAUCCUAGGCAAUGCAGACUAUGUCUUCACUAGUAUCUUUACAUUAGAAAUUAUUCUUAAGAUGACCGCAUACGGGGCUUUCCUCCAUAAGGGCUCCUUCUGUAGAAACUAUUUCAACAUCUUAGACCUGCUGGUGGUCAGCGUUUCUCUCAUCUCCUUUGGGAUCCAGUCCAGUGCCAUCAAUGUGGUGAAGAUCCUGCGUGUUCUGCGAGUCCUUAGACCACUGAGGGCCAUCAACAGAGCCAAAGGACUAAAGCAUGUGGUCCAGUGUGUGUUUGUCGCCAUCCGAACCAUCGGAAACAUUGUGAUUGUCACCACUUUGCUGCAGUUCAUGUUUGCCUGCAUUGGAGUUCAGUUGUUUAAGGGCAAGCUGUACAGCUGCACUGAUAGCUCCAAGCAGACAGCAGCAGAAUGCAGAGGGUACUACAUUACGUACAAGGACGGUGAGGUCAACCAACCGAUGAUACAGCCCCGGAGCUGGGAGAACAGCAAGUUUGACUUCGACAACGUCUUGACUGCCAUGAUGGCACUCUUCACUGUCUCAACCUUUGAGGGCUGGCCAGAGUUGCUGUAUAGGUCCAUUGAUUCCCACAUGGAGGAUGUGGGACCCAUCUAUAAUCACAGGGUUGAGAUCUCCAUCUUCUUUAUUAUCUACAUCAUCAUCAUUGCUUUCUUCAUGAUGAACAUCUUCGUUGGUUUCGUCAUCGUCACAUUUCAGGAACAAGGAGAACAAGAAUACAAGAACUGUGAGCUGGACAAAAACCAGCGCCAGUGUGUAGAAUAUGCCCUGAAAGCCCGGCCCCUGAGGAGAUACAUCCCUAAAAACCAGUACCAGUACAAAGUUUGGUAUGUGGUCAACUCCACCUAUUUUGAAUACCUGAUGUUCGUUCUGAUCCUGCUGAACACCAUCUGCCUGGCCAUGCAACACUACGGUCAGAGCUGCAUGUUCAAGGAAGCGAUGAAUAUCCUCAACAUGCUCUUCACUGGCCUCUUCACUGUUGAGAUGGUCCUGAAAUUAAUCGCCUUCAAACCCAAGGGUUACUUUAGUGAUCCUUGGAAUGUUUUUGACUUCCUCAUCGUAAUUGGCAGCAUUAUAGACGUCAUUCUCAGUGAAACUAAUCACUAUUUCUGUGAUGCAUGGAAUACAUUUGACGCCUUGAUUGUUGUGGGUAGCAUUGUUGAUAUAGCAAUCACCGAGGUGAACCCAGCUGAACAUACCCAAUGCUCUUCCUCUAUGAACGCAGAGGAAAACUCUCGCAUCUCAAUCACCUUCUUCCGACUCUUCCGCGUGAUGCGUCUCGUGAAGCUCCUGAGCCGAGGGGAGGGCAUCCGGACGCUGCUUUGGACCUUCAUCAAGUCCUUCCAGGCUCUCCCCUAUGUGGCUCUUUUAAUAGUGAUGUUGUUCUUCAUCUACGCCGUGAUCGGGAUGCAGGUGUUUGGUAAAAUUGCGCUGAACGAUACCACAGAAAUCAACCGCAACAACAACUUCCAGACCUUCCCCCAGGCAGUGCUGCUGCUUUUCAGGUGUGCCACCGGUGAGGCCUGGCAGGAAAUCAUGCUGGCAUGUCUCCCAGACAAGAAGUGCGACCCAGAGUCCGAGCCAGCCAACUCCACCGAAGCCGAUCACUCCUGUGGUAGCAGCUUCGCCGUCUUCUAUUUCAUCAGCUUCUACAUGCUCUGUGCCUUCCUGAUCAUCAAUCUUUUUGUAGCUGUUAUAAUGGAUAACUUUGAUUACCUGACACGGGACUGGUCCAUUUUAGGACCACACCACCUGGAUGAGUUUAAAAGGAUCUGGGCAGAGUAUGACCCUGAAGCCAAGGGACGGAUCAAACACUUGGACGUGGUGACGCUGCUCCGGCGGAUUCAGCCCCCCCUCGGCUUCGGGAAGCUCUGCCCUCACCGGGUGGCUUGCAAACGCCUUGUCUCCAUGAAUAUGCCACUGAACAGUGAUGGGACCGUCAUGUUCAAUGCCACUCUCUUUGCACUGGUCAGAACAGCACUGAGGAUCAAGACAGAAGGUAACCUGGAGCAAGCCAACGAAGAGCUGAGAGCAAUAAUUAAGAAAAUCUGGAAGCGCACCAGUAUGAAGCUGCUGGACCAGGUGGUGCCCCCCGCAGGUGAUGAUGAGGUGACCGUUGGGAAGUUCUAUGCCACUUUCCUGAUUCAGGAGUAUUUCCGGAAGUUCAAGAAACGUAAAGAACAGGGACUGGUGGGCAAGCCCUCCCAGCGCAACGCGCUCUCCUUGCAGGCUGGUCUGCGCACACUUCACGACAUUGGGCCAGAGAUCCGACGAGCAAUUUCUGGAGACCUGACAGCUGAAGAAGAGCUAGAUAAGGCCAUGAAAGAAGCUGUUUCUGCUGCCUCUGAAGAUGAUAUCUUCCGGAGAGCCGGAGGCUUGUUCGGAAACCAUGUCAGCUAUUACCAAAGUGAUGGCAGGAGUGCGUUCCCCCAGACGUUCACCACCCAGCGACCUUUGCACAUCAAUAAGUCUGGCAACAACCAGGGAGAUACUGAGUCUCCAUCUCAUGAGAAACUGGUGGACUCCACCUUCACUCCCAGCAGCUACUCAUCUUCAGGCUCCAAUGCCAACAUCAACAAUGCCAACAACACUGCCCUGUGCCGCUUCCCCAGCCCACCCAGCUACCCCAGCACUGUCAGCACAGUGGAAGGCCACGGGACCCCCUUGUCACCAACCAUACGUGUGCAGGAGGCUCCUUGGAAACUACCUUCCAAAAGGACGCAUUACUACGAAACACUGGGACGCUCCGGUUCCAGAGACAGCCAGCUGGCAAUUGUUUGCCAAGAGGAAGUGUCUCAGGAUGAGACUUAUGAUGAAAAUUUGAAUGAAGACAUUGAGUACUGUAGUGAACCAAGUCUGCUCUCUACUGAAAUGCUUGCAUACCAAGAUGAUGAAAACAGACAACUUACUCCACCAGAAAACAACAAAGGAGAGGACACCCGGCACUCUCCGAAGAAAGGGUUUCUGUGCUCCUCAGCGCUAGGUCGAAGAGCAUCUUUUCACUUAGAAUGUCUGAAAAGACAGAAAAACCAGGGCGCAGAUGUCUCACAGAAGACAGUUCUGCCUUUGCAUCUGGUACAUCAUCAGGCGUUAGCGGUGGCCGGCCUGAGUCCCCUACUCCAGCGAAGCCAUUCCCCCACCAUGUUCUCUCGGCUGUGUGCUACACCCCCCGCUACACCCUGCAGCCGUGGCUGGCCGCAACAGACCAUCCCAACUCUGCGUCUCGACGGGGCAGAGUCCAGUGAGAAGCUCAACAGCAGCUUCCCGUCAGUACACUGCGGCUCUCGGUACCCUGACAACACUGGCUGCAGCAGCCCGAGGAGAGCCAGACCAGUCUCCCUCACCGUCCCCAGCCAGACCGGAGGGAGCAGCAGGCAGUUUCACGGCAGCGCUGGCAGCCUGGUUGAAGCGGUCUUGAUUUCCGAAGGACUGAUGCAGUUUGCUCAAGAUCCAAAGUUCAUCGAGGUCACAACCCAGGAGCUCGCAGAUGCCUGUGACAUGACGAUAGAAGAGAUGGAAAAUGCAGCAGACAACAUUCUCAAUGGUAACAGCAAGCAGAGCCCCAAUGGCAACCUCUUGCCUUUUGUUAACUGCAGGGACCCAGGGCAGGACAGUGCAGGAGAGGAAGAGGAAGAGGUGCAGAACCCGGAUUGUAGAAAAAGUCAGGAGGAGCUCAAGGACAGCAGGAUUUAUAUCAGCAGCCUGUAGUUGCCAGGGCUGGAAGCGAUGCUGGUUUUUUAUUUGUUUCAAUGUUCCUAAUGGGUUUGUUUCAGAAGUGCCUCACUGUUCUCGUGACCUGGAGUAACCGGAACAGCGUUCUUCAUUCAUUUCUGUUGGGACGAGUCGCAGAGUUGGGUGGUGUAAGAAAGCUUUUCAGGAGCGGAUAUAACCCCAGCACGUGUCCAUGAAGCAAGAGUGAGGAGGAGGAGGAGGAAGAGGAGGAGAGCCAGCUCCCUCUUUUUUUUCAGUCCCUGCACAAGGAACGACGACUGCCUCCCAAGCGUGAAGGGGAACCUCAGCUUCCUGUGGAUGGCCCUAGCCAAAAGGACCCUGCGUCAAACGGGUGUCUUUCAACUUUGCUUGUAAAAAUCAUUUUGCACAUAUUCUGUAUGAGCCUCACCGUCUCCAUAAAGCCAAGGCCCUUUGAUUCGGAAGGAGAGGAGGACUUCUUCUGCUGUGGAUUCCCGUACCGCGAAGGGGAGGAGGAAGCAGAAGAAGGCCGAGGGCGCCCGAGGGGCAGCUGGCAGCGCUGCCCAACCCUGCCCAGACUGCCAGGCAGCGGUCUCUGCCGACCAAUCGGAGCUCAGGCAGCCACUCCUGCCAACCAGUCAGAGCUCGAGCAGUCACUUGCCAGCCAAUCCGAGCUUAGGCAGUCUUCUGCCGACCAAUCGGAGCUCAGACAGCCAGCCGUGCCAGCCAGCGGGAGAGCGGGGAGCAGGCUCUGCGGCGGGGCUGAGCCAACCUGCCCCGCGCUUGCUGAGGUGGCGGUGGGCUGGCGGAGAUCUCUCCUUGUUUUGCAGUUUGAUAUUUUCUUGAAAGCAUGUUGCAGUUUUUAUUUUGACUAAAUUUUUUUUUUUUUUUUUUUUUUUUUUGGAGGGAGAAGGGAGUGUUUACAACGUUUUGUAAUCACCUACCUUUUUGUUUUGGUUUAUUUUCACCUUUGCAAAUGUUAAAUUGGUUUGAUCAUGUAUUAUUUAAACUGGGGUUUUUUUCUCCAUUGAAAUUUGGUAGAAGUAUAAUGAUAGCCGAGUUUUACCAACCAUUAUGUACACCAAGAAUUUGUAAUUUUAUUUGCUAGUAAUUGAAACCUCCUUUUUUUGUUGUUGUUUUAUAAUUUAAAGAUAGUAGGCAAUGCACUUGAUAUAGUCUUGCACAUUUGAGUGAUUGAUUUGGGUUCUUUUUAGUGCUAAGUAUAUCUGUGAGUGUGGGAGCAAUACCAAGCGAGUGUGCGUGCGCGCGUGUGUGUGCGUGUGUAAGUGCAUGCAGUUCUCCACAUCCUGGUUUGAGCUGCAGGAGAUCUGUAUCUGGGGCCAUUUGAAUGCAAAAACAAACCACUGUCUCUGCUUGUGAAAGGGGAAUCAGUAACUCUUUGCAUUUUCUGUUCCACAAGAUAUGCAAAAACAAUGCAAUAAUAUUAAUUUUAAAAUACAAUUGUAAGUUGUGUUGGCAUUAAAACUGUAUAGAAAAAAAUUGUGGGGGUGGGGGGAAACAAACAAAAAAAAACAAACAGAAGGCGUUACGCUUCAAUAUAUUCCGUGUGAUGUUUUAUUGCAUUGAUAAUGUUUCUGUUGAAGAAACCGUUAUACUUGAAUUCAGGUCAGUUUCAGUAUUUUUCAAAUAUUUUUUUAAAAUGAAUUGCAAUUGUGCCAAGCAAAGAUAAUGAAUUGAAUUAAGUUUGUUUAAAAAAAAAAAGAAAAAAAAGAAUCACUUCUUGUAUAUUUUGCUGCAUGUCAAGUGAAUCAUUUCGUAUUUGGAAUGUGCCAAGCUUUACCUUUGAACUUUUAAGUGCUUUUCUACGUGUGGUUGGGGAAAGGGGUACUAUUUUUUUUUCCUUUUUUAAUUUGUACAAUGAACAAAGUGUACCUGGUGUAAGUAACUCUUCUGCAAUCCACUGACAGGUUGAACGUUACUGAUUUUGCAUAUCUUGUGUUCAUUUUCCUUCUUCCUCACUCCCUUUAAACAUGCACGAUGACUUUAUUGGUAGAGAAUCUUUCUUCCCGAGACUGGGACAUUUUAUUCAGGCUUUGUUCUCUUUCCGUUUGCUCAGUUUCUCUAAAGGUCUUGUCCCACUGGAGGGUGGCAAGACCCUCAAGCUGAUUUGGCAGAUCCAUCCUACAUAUUCAGCUGGCACCAGCAAUUCAAGGAGCAGGGAAAAAAAAUCUGCUUUCAAAUUUCUUUUAUUAAAUAGCUAACCCUGAUUAAUUAUAGCAGGGUCCUGGGAUAAGCAAAUGCCAGACGCAGAAUCGUUAACAAAGUAGUCUUAACUCUGGUCUGGACUGAAAGCAGAGGGCAAGUGAGGGAGAGAGCUCUGGAUUAUUGCUUAGGAGAAUUGCUGCAGUCUGGUCCAGAUGCAGAUGUUAAGUGACUUUUUUGUGUUCUUAUGCACGGUCUUAUCCCUCUUCCUAGACUUUAGUGGAUGGAUCAGAUUCUAAGUCACAAAACAUCUGACAGCACAGCAUGUCCUAGCCAUAUUUCCCUACUAGUAAGUGUGAACCUCUCUUGAUUUUCCUCACACCGAUACUUGGCCCUAACCUGUGAGAGAGGCUGAAAAACCAGGCAGAUAUUGUUAGAUUAUGCAACUGAUUUUUGUCUAGACUACUGCUGUUUUUUCUCCCUUCUCAAGACGGUUCACAAACUUGCAGAUCAGUGCUGAGCUAGGAGGUGUGAUCUGACUCAGAGCUAAACUUUCAUUCAAAUCUUGAGCUUCUGCAGAUGUCUGAGAACAUAAUUUAUUCUAUAUGUUGAUUACAUUAUUUUUGUAAUGCCCUUGUUUUUCUUUUUGAUUCUCUGCGGCAUAAGGCAGAAAUAGCAAAGGGUACUUUUGACAGUGCAUUUUUUUCAGUGUCAUUUUCAACUGGCCAGUAGGAGCUCAAGAUACCUUGAAAAAAACCAAAUCCUUUUAAACUAGAGAAAUACAAAUCCAUUUAUACAACCACCUGGCAUCAAAGUCCUAAUUCAAGACUUCCCUAGAGAAAGUAACCAGCUGAUGUCUGUCAGUCUCACCCUUUCCAUCCCUCGUGCCUGUAUGGAGAUGGGCACACAAACGUAUCUCCCUUUGGGAGUUUGCUGCUGCUAGUGCUGAUGUGCUCCAAAGCUACUUGAAAGGAAAUAGUGCUGUGCCUGGCUGUUUCUGAAAAUGAAGUCACUGUAAGGGCUCCCUAUCUCAUUUUCUUCCACUAGAAAGUCCAUCUGACCCUCCCAGUGGGAGACAGAGGUGUUCUCUGCUCCUGAGAAACAAAGUACUGAUCUAAAUUAGUAGUGGCAAUGGGCAUUUUGGACGCUUGACAGCCCGUGUCAUCUUUUAGGAUUUUUCUUGAUGGGAAGGAAAAUGGUGGAAAGGAUUAUGUCCCACGCAUUCCCAGUGAAAGCUGUGACUCCCUUAGGGGUCAGAGCCUACAAUGGCCAGGGGAAACUCCGCUCCCUGCUGGAAGACCCCUUAGGUCCUGCAGAGUGGAAAACACAUGGCUAGCAGAGAAUGCAGAUGAUGUUUGCGGUUUGAAGGGCAGGUGUUAAAUUUAGUAAUUGCUGGUUAAAUUUAAAAAGUUAAAUUGCUGGUGCCAGCUGUGCUAAUUUCUCUUUCUGGGGAGGGUGGUGUAUAUUUUUUUUCAUUUGAGGUACUUCCACUGUGCACAUUGUGACAGGCCUGAGCAAAGAGCUACUGCCUCCUUCAGGUGAGGUAAAGUCUGGGGGACGGUGGGAAGGUGGGGGCAGAUUUAGUUCCUGGAGUGUCCUUCUUUCCCUGUGUAUGGGAGUGGAUGGUGGGUACAAUCACUGUGCUGUGGAUGGAAGCUUUGAAGGAUCUGACGGCUGAAGAGUGGCAUGGAAGGAAAGGAAAGAAUGGGGGAAAGUGAUCUGCUGUUUGCCACUGAGCAUCUCUGACUUGCAGACUAAAGACGUUUCUUAUAAAACAACAAACCUCCUCCCUGUAUCACUCCUGCUCAUUAUUCCAGGCAGUACUGGGCCAGCCGCACCGGGUGCGUUUCUUUUUUUCUUCCUUAUUUCUGUGUGGCUGACGUGACGGGGAAGAAAGUGGAACUCAUGAUCCAGAGCUGGAGUUUCGUUAUCCACAGACCUUUUCUGCAUCAUCUGCCUCUUCAGCUGGACAUGUGAACGAUGAUGGUGUAGAUGCUGCUGCUACUGCAGGGGUCCCGCCUGUUUUAUUACCCUGCCCACCACACCUCAGCAUGGAGGGACAGCCAGAGAGGCGCCAUGUACAGAAUUGCAUCUAUUUCUGCUUUGUUUUCUGACUCAGAACCCUGCCCCUGAUGACUACGACAAUGAUGACGACAACAACAAAAAAAGGGCAAAUGCAUUUUUUACAUUUCUUGAUAAUUUCCAAAGCAAUGUAUCAUUGCUUUCUUUAGACUGACGCCAAUAUAACAGUUGUAUGGGUCUCAGCCAGGCUCCUGUGUCUUUUCUGCCUGAUAGUUUCAGAUUGCUGUAUGAAAUGUAUGCGCGUUUGCACACAGACACAAUCGUAUGAGGUGACAGCACUGCAAGGCCUUGGGGUUGUUCACCUGUGUCAUAGAUGAAGUUGGAGGCCUUGCUUUGUACGUGUAGAUGAGAACUCCAACCCACUGGUCCAGUGAGCUGCAGUGAAGCAGCCGUACUGAGACAGAACUGAGUAUCCUAAGAUACAUGCACAGUCCCGUUGUGACUGUCCUUGUGGCAGGGGCGGCGGGGGGUGGAGAGGAACACUGAAUGGGGAAUUUGGAGCACAACAAAGUUGAUAAAAUUAAGUAGAAUCCAGUUGGGGGCUUCUGAUAGCGAUGAGCUUUUUCUCAGUUCCCAUAAUGAAAACUGUAGUGCGUAUAAAGAAAAUAUUCCAGGCCAUCAGAAGCCCCAGUUCCCAUCUUGCUAAUGCAAUGCUGGAGGGCACUAAGAGGCCGAGGAAGUUGUAUUGAUGCAAAGAAUGUGGAAAACAGAACUGGGCCCCAAAAAAUUUGAUUAUAUCUUUCCUCCAUUUAUUUUCUUCUCCAAAGAAGACUAAGAAAUAUAAAUGUCAAUAGCUGCACAGGGUUUCUUCUUUUCUUCUUUUGAUUGUUGCAAAGUUUUAAAAGUUUUAUUCUGGAUUAGCAAGCCCAGGGACCCAGAAGGUUUCCAAUAGGAUCUCAGUCCAUGGAGCUUUGCUCUCUGUUGUUGCUUUGUUUCUGGAUAGCUGAAACCACUAUGGCCUUGCUGCUACAGCUCCCUGAGAUAGGGCAGAUGAGGGCAGAAGCACAACCGAGAGAUAUGUCCUGUACUGAAGACAGACUGGGCUACAAUUGCUUUCAGAGAAGUCAGUAGCAUCACACUGGAAUGGAAAAAAACCCUCUUCUGGUACAAACUUUAGUGUUCUAGUUAAAUCCUCCAUCCUUCCCCUGCCCCAUAUGGGGGACUUGACUUAACUGUUAACACUUGAGUGUAAAAAACAGGCCUUUAGGGGCACAGGGCUCGACUCAGUUGCCUAAAUGUUGGCAUCUACUGCCACCUGAGAUACCCUACAGUACUCUGCCUGGCCUGCAGCCGCUGGUCUGGAAAGACACAACUCUUCCCCAGGGCUGGUGUCACAGCUAUCAGCCCCACACAGAUGGCAGAGAUCUCAGGUGGCAGGAGACAAUUAGGCAACUUAAUCAAGUCCCUUUCUAAAGGGCUAAUUGGAAGGAGCGGCACCAAUGACUGAUGUAAUAAGGGAAUCUUCAUUAGCAUUACCAAGGGCUUAGUUAGGCACCAUCAGGAGCUCAUCUCCAUGCUCCCAUGCUGUUGUUUUUCUACCCCACAUCACCCAGAUAGCCUCCACUCCUACAGCCUGAAGUCCACGGCACUCUGCCCAGCCCUUACGUUAGGCCAGGGUUAGCGGCUGCAUCCCAGGCCCAGCGGGGUGGGGGCAAGCCCAGGCGAGAGCAGGCAUCACUCCACCCAGCAACAGAUUUUUCUGCCAGUGUUUGAAUGGCCCCCUUCCAAAGCAUUUUCCUAUUCAAGACAGACCCACAGAGACACCAUUCGUUAGCCUCAUCGUUCAGACGAUGAAACACACGUGUUUUUCUGUUGCAUUUUGCAUUUUGCCCAGCCAGGCAAAACGCACGCUCUUUCCCAAACAGGCUGUAAUGCUUUUGAUAUUUUAAGCAUCCUAAGCCAGUCUCCUCCCAUCUCAAGCACCUAGGUAGACUGGCAGCCAAUACUACCUAAACAUCAUCAACUUUAUGAUUGCUCGUAGAAGUGAUUGGUUCAGGCUUAUUCAGUCUUGACAGUUUGAAUGUGGAAAGAUUUCAGAGGAGGAGGAGUGAGAUUGUAAAUAUUUCUUUGACAAACAUUGCUGCAUCACACACAAAAAAAGGGGGAGAUACUUUUAAAACUGCCUUAAAAAUCAAUUCUGAAUGAUGAAAUCUCCCUCCAAACAAUUACCGCUUGGUAGAGCAAGGGAUAAGUCGCUUUGGGUGAAUUCUGGCAAGAAGUGGUUGGAAUCUAGUCCAGUUUCAGGAGUGAAAGUGUAAUUUAGGAGCUGAUCUCUCACUCAGUCUGAAUUCACAUCAGCGCCAAUGACUGAGCACUGCAGGAUCAAAACUCUUUAACGCCUGGGGGGGUACUGUAUCUGGCCUGCGUCUCCAUGGUUUGGGUCUGGCCCGGCAAGGUACUGCAUACCUGUGUCUCCCAGUGACUUCAGGGAAGAUGGGGUUCCUCAGCACCUCUUAAGUUCAGGCCCUGGAGCACCAUUUCCUGCUCUGAUCAUCAGCUAUAAAUGUUGAUAAAUAUAAGUGUUUUGCCUUCAUUUGAAUUGCCCAGAGCUGUAAAAUGAACUCUCUCAAGUAUAAAUCAGUCCAGAUAUAAACCUCUUCUCCCACUCUUCCCUACGCUCCCUGCCCACCCUCCCAGCCCUUCCUUGCACCUCUACCCAAGCCUUUCCCCGUCUCAAUUCUUUACCUCCUUCCACAAUUUUAUAUCUAGUUUUCAUGAACCCACAGAAAUGCUUUUGUAAAUAAUGCUGUACAGUUUGUAACCGUCAUGUAAGCCUGUCAUCAGUGCCAGAGUCCGUCUUGCCCUCUCGCACGUUUUAAAAUCAACAGAGGAAAGUUAGCGCGAAUGGCCCGCCAGUGAGCUAUAGGGUCAUCUCUGUGUGGGACAAAUGUAUAUUCCUGUAAGAUUGCAUUUUUAUCUAAGGAAUGAUGUUAUUUUAAAAUUGCUAAUAAAUUUCUAAACAAUG